AUGGAAAGACUCACUGACGAUGCCGGUGAAACGUCUGGGAAUGAACCACGUCCACAGUCCGACUUAGGGCAUAAUCAUGCAUACAAUGGAUUCUGGACUAGUGCUUUUGGUAUACUGCCCAACCGGCUGCUCUCCUGUCUCGGCAAGCAUUCUACUGGACCUAAAGGGCUCUCCUCAGGUGACUGUCUAAGUCUCACCAUAUCUUCAGACGGGGCUCUUCUCGCCUCAACUUGCCCAUUAGGGGCUAAUGUCUGCUUCUGGUCGAUUGAUCAUCUGUCCGAGCUAGCACGUUGUCUAGACGGUCUCUUGAAGUUACCUAAGCGCCGGCGUCUUGAAGACUUCAAUGAUGUUGAAGAUACUGAUGACUCCGAUGAGGAUAAUGAAGGCAAGGAAGACGAUAAAAUCGAGGAUGCUGAAGAGAAUUUUAAUGAUUUGACUGACGGAAGCAAGGAGGUGAGCAGCAUAAAUGCUGAUGAUGAAAGUAACUCCUUUACGGAUGGAGACAGUAGCACCAACGAAGAUAGUGAUGGCAGUCCUAAUUCUUCGCCUUAUCAACCUCCCAAAACGUCGGAUCGUGCAAAUAUUUUGGCACUGUUGGCGCCGUCAAGAAAAGCUAAGUCACAAUUAGUACCCGAUCGUCAAACUCUGCGACUAAGAAGCCAGUUCAUGGCAGAUCUUAUCAAUCCGCCAGAGUCAUUUAUUCCACCGGCUUUUUGUCACAAUAACGAUUACAUAGCUGAUAUGCCUCAAUCGCAUGACAACGAUCAUUAG